ACUUUAUGUUUAAAGCAUCAGGACUUCUGUAAGUUUAUUUCUCUAACCUUUAAGAGGAAAACAUGUCUUCUUACUUUUAUUUUAUUUUUUCUAGCACAUGCCAAUGGCAGAGCAAACUUUUCUAGAGCCCACCCCAACCAGCAUGCAGAUACCACAUAUUCCUCCCCACACAAACAACCCCGGCCUCCCAACGCUCCGCUUCCCAAACUGGACUCCCAACGGAACCGCCGGGGCCCGGCCCCGAACCAGCACAACCAAGGGAACCUGGACUUCCUCAACGUGCCUGACCAAGGCAUGUCAGGGAAGCAGAGGAAAAGGAGCAUCAGCCAUCGACCGCCUCCUGCCCCGAAGCCUCAGCCACGACCUCAGGGUCCGCGCUGCCGGGCCUUGUAUCAGUACAUCGGACAGGACACGGACGAGAUCAGCUUCGAGGCUAACGACGUGUUCGACCUCGUCAAAGAGGAUCCAUCAGGCUGGUGGACCGGCAGGAUUCGAGGAAGGGAAGGUCUCUUCCCCGGUAAUUAUGUGGAGAAGAUUUGAUGAGGACUUUUCAUGGACAUUCUUGUGUUUAACAAGAACAAGGCGUGUUUUGUCCCUGGCAGCAGACCCUGUUUGCUUACAAAAAAAAAAAAAAACAGCCUGAGAGUUAUUCAAAGUUGCAUGGAGGAUCUAGUGUAAGGGUGACAUUUUGCUGACAUUUGAGCCCUGGCUAAUUACCUGUGGCAGCAUAAGGUAUGAAGACAAGACAGGAGGCGUCAUCAUGAUUGUUAAAACAGGACGACAAUGAGCUGCUCCGGUUUCAUCUCCUUUAAGUCAAACGAUCCCGCUCUGAAUGGUCCGGCAACAGGAACUUUGACUUUAUCUUCCAGAAUAACUCCGGGCUUCAGCUGAAAAUGAACUGAACAAAAAGAAAUCUGCAUUUACCUCCAUGCAGUAAACGAGCUUUUCAACAAAAACAUAAACUUAACUGAUACAUUGGCGCUCAAGUAACGAACCUGCUUCAGAUCAAAUCAAAUCAUUUUAGAGGAAAAUUGUAGUUUUUAUUGGGGUUUUUAAGUCAAGAUUAUUGGUAUUUUGUCAUCAAGGAAUAUAUUUUCAAACGUCUUAAAGCAAAUUAUUUGCAUGGGUACAUAUUGCAUUGAUAGUAAGUAAUAAGAGAUUUUGCAGCAACAAAUCAGAAGAAAAUUCAUUUACAGAUAUGCCGUAAUUUCUGGACUAUUGCGAGCAUCUGAAUAUUGAAAUAUGGACCGUAAAUGGUUUUUCCAACAGUGCCUGUACCACCGUUGCUUAAAAAAGAAAGGAAAAGUAAUUUAUCACUGUCUUCAUCUUCCUUCAGUGCAUUAAAACCACUAACGUCGUCGUCUUCUUCAGAGUCGGUAUUGAAUAGCCUUACACACACUUCCUCAGUCUCUUUUCCGUUGUCACUUUAGUCUUGGGAAAAAUUUGUUUUGUUCUCUUCAUCACACAGCAGUCCAGCAUUUCUAUGGUGAAAAGCAUUUAUAUCAGCCACAUCGCAGUGUUUUAUAUGUGUGAAAAAAAUGUAGCAGCUUAUAGUCCAGAAAUUACGGUAUUUGUACAAUAACACAUUUCUUUGUUUUAUAUUUGAUUAUUUUUUAAAUAUUAAAGUCAAGUAUUUUUAUAGUA